GUCGCUAUUUGCGCUACAAACGCUAACGUUAUCAUUGAAUGAUAUUACUAUAUCUUGUAUUUUUAGCGCAAAUAGCGACUCCCUGAACGCGCCCAAAGAAUCUCAACAUCAGUAGAACGUAAAACUUCCCUUGCAAUACGACAUUUUUCAGUCCAGAGUCGCUGGGGACAGUCGGUGAACUCAUGACGGCGCUCUUUAUUUUUUCCUAUAUUUCGCGAGAUACUCGAGUUCUAAGGGUUUUUCCUGGGGACGAUUGUGUCAAACCACAAAUACUUUUCUGACUACGAAUAAAUAUUCUUCCUACAUGACCUUGUUCAUCUCAUCUACAGCAGUAGUAGCCAGCCAUUGCUAACUGAAAAACAAUUGAACCAAGUUCAGAGCUGUGAAGGAAACAACUGCACCGAGUCAAUUUCUUCUUCAAACGAUCGACGCCGUAUCGUUUUUCUUCGAAAAUUGACUUUAUUUAUACCUUAUAACCAUGAGGAGACGUUCGACACAGACUGACGGGACACACGAUCGAUCGAGGUACCUCGGAAUCCCGCGCCCGAAGACAAUAAAUUACUUCAGUGUGGAUGAAGACAAAAAUAUCAUACCGGAUUCAUCAAGCAUUAAAUACUUUCACCCUUCGAGAAGCAAUAAUGUUGCAUUCGACUUGAACAGAGGCAUGGACCUUAUCGAAGCGGAUGGAAAUUUUUUAUCUUUCGCGGAUUCACCGGGAAUUGAGACAACGCUAAAAUGGAUUGUGGCCAACCACGAAAAAAUCAAGGCUUCAUCCGGUGAUCGCAUGUUACAACCUAAUUUCGUAAGCACCCUCGGAAUUCUGACCCGUUUCAUGGGUGCUCCGUACGCGCAGAAGGAUAGAUGGCAGUUACUGGCUGGAAAAUUUGAAGGCAACAUCUAUCUUCGUUCGAUUAGGUCGAAAAGUAACAGAGACGAAGCUAAGUUCGGAUACUGGGGUCAUAAAUUUCAAAAUUAUAUGGUUUCAGAAUGUCCCGACGAGGCGCCACAACCCGACGAGAAAAUUUCAAGACACGAAGAAUUUCGUUAUGUCUAUCAACAGAAAUUUUCAAAACACUCCGUUCUAUACACGGGUGUCAGGAAAGCUGUUCUGUCGAAGAAACUUCUCGAGGAUCCACUCCUCAUAGAUAACCUUGAAUUUAUCGAUUUACGAACACACAAAAAAAUAGUGUACCAAACACAGGAAAAAUCGUUGAAAAUGUACAAAUUUUUGGCAUGGUGGGCAAACGCGUUUCUCACUAACGAUGUUAAAGUUUUGUGUGGUUUUCGAGACGACAAUGGAAUCGUCAACGAAUUGAAAACAUACGAGAUUGAGGAAUUGGCUCAAAUGUCAAAGAAGUUUUGGCAUCCGGAGGUCUGUUUGAAGGCGUGCCAAACACUUUUGUCAGAAAUAGCGGAGAUUGUCAUCAACGAUUGUGACGAAACAAUAUACGAGUUGACCAAAGUUGACAAGGAAAAUUUCGACGUGAGAGAGCUCAAGCCCUCGGAAAAAAUUGCGGUCGUACCAGAGUGGUACAAAAAAGCCAUGAAGCAAUAAGUUUUAUUUGACGUACAAAGAGAAUACGUUUAAAGACAAAGAAAUCCAUCUGUUUAAAUAGCGCUUGAAUAUUUGUUUUAAUCUACUUACUAAUCGUCAUUUGUCCAUUCCAGACAUCAGUUGCGCAAAUGUUUUUAUCUCUCCAGAUGAUGCUGUUAACAUUAUAUUGCCUUUCGUUUUAUUGAGGUAUAUGAAUGCAUAUGCUCAAUAUACACUGUAUCUGAAGUGCUUGAAAAAAUAAGUUAUCAAUAAUAAAAAAGUAUUUUACGUUAAGAAACAAAAAAAGAAGAGAAAUAAGAAGACAAUUAUUCCAACGCCGCUUUCAAAUAACAAAAUCGUUACCAACAUCCGAUACUGUAUGGCGGCAAGGUGUUCCACUCAAAGUUUUCAAAUUGUCAAAUCGAUUCAUUUAUUUCAAUCCAACAAAAAAUCGUUUCCCUUCUUACAGUACGGAGAAAGCAUG